UCUCUCUCUCUCUCUCUCUUCCUUUCCAAGCCCGCUGGUCAGGCUUUUGUGUUCCCUGUCGUUCAGUCGAAAGCGUCGUUGGUCCCCUGCCCGUGUCCCGGCCAUUGCAGCAACCGAGUUAGCUCUAAUACAUAUACCCUCAUGUCUUCUUCCGCGCAGGCCUCGAGCCACACCAAACCCAUCUCCAAGAUGGCCGCUCCCAAGAAUGCGCCUCCAACAGCAACAACAACAGCAGCAGAAGCGAAGGCGGUUGCCGCCAAGAUGCAUCGUCGUUCGCGGUCAGGUUGCUUCACAUGUCGACUACGAAGAAAGAAGUGCGAGGAAGGUAAGCCUGCAUGCAAGGCUUGCUCGCACUUGGGACUUCGAUGUGAUUACAAGCGACCCAUGUGGUGGAGCAACACGGAGCAGCGCAAGCAACAAAAAGAGCACAUCAAGAACGCUAUCAAGCGAACGCAGAUGACGAAAAAGGCCACUCAAGCUCAGCAGCAGCAGCCGUCCCUCCACGGGAGCAGUCCGCCACCGCCUCUCAGUCACUCGGUCCCAUCGUCAGCAGAGCCUCAGUUUGCAGAGUCCUUUCCCCAUUCGAGAUGUUCUUCAGGCUCACCUCCAUCCACCGGCUACGACCUCCACUAUGCAACGCCGGAAGGCUACUUUGCGAUGCCUCCCCCUGCGCAGGCAUAUAUUCCACCGGGGCCGUAUCCCAUGUUCUCCCCUUACGAAGUGGACAUCAAGACCGAGCAUGAGAUUUAUGUCAACAACGUUGCGACCAGGAAAGAUUCCACCAUAUCCACCUUCAGCACGUAUCAACCACCGCUCACAGACGACUGUCCCUAUCCCACCGACACGUGGGUGCAACAGGAGCACUUUGAAAGCACCUGUGAGGAGUUUGCCGAGGAGCCGGUCGACUUCAACUUCUUUGAAUAUCCCCAUGGCCCGCUGACCCCCAACCACGAAACGGUGAUUGAAGUCGACGAUGGCGACAAGUACCUGCUCAAUCACUUUCUCGACAAAGUGACGAAGCUCAUCUUCCCCGUUCUGGACGCGAACCAGCAUGGUUCCGCACGUGCUGAUGUCAUCCUGCCGGCGCUCGAAUCGAACAAGGCGUAUCUGCACUGCUGUUUGAGCAUCGCUGCGACGCACAUGAAAGCAUCGGAGGGAGUGGCCCACGAGCAAAUUGACAAUGACAUUGUCCGACAUCGAUACGCUGCCGUAUCCGAGCUCUGCGACGCUCUCGGAUACGACACUGACCACGCACAGAUCCUGGAGGCCACGCUCGGUAUGAUCUUCUUCCAGUGCUCAGUUGGUCGUCCCGACGAUGUGCUCCCCGAUAUUCCAUGGCACCAGCACUUCCAAGCUGCCACUAGUCUGGUGCAGAAGCUGGAUCUGCAAAAGUCAGUGGUCGACAUGGCCGGCACUAGACACCAAUCGCCCUUCAACAUGACUCUCGCAUCGUGGAUCGAUAUUCUCGGAUCGACCAUCAUCGGCAGACAACCUCAAUUCGCCGACACAUAUCGUGAGCUGAACAUGAGCAACUCCUCUCUGGGCCUGGCGGAGCUCAUGGGCUGUGACGACAGAAUCAUGUUCCUCAUCUCGGAAAUUGCAUGCCUCGACUACCAAAAGUCCGUCGGCAUGGACGAGGCCGCCGUCUGCUCGUACGUCGUGAGCCUGGGGAAUGCUCUGGGGCAGAUUGAGCACGCUGCCGCGCCUGUCGAGAGCUGCUUCUCCACGACCGGCGCCAUUCGACCCAAGCAGUUGGCUCUCAACAUGACUGCCGUCUUCACCAUCGCGGCUCGCAUCUACCUAUGCACUCUGGUACCAGGACACUCCUCCAGUGACCCGAGCAUGGUCUCCCUCGUCGCCCGGUUCUCGGAGCGGAUGAACUACAUUCCCGCCGGACCCGAUGGCUUCGACCGCUCUCUCGCCUGGCCCCUCCUCAUCGCGGGCAGCUCAUCACUCCUCGCCUCACCCUUCCGGUCCAUGCUGGACGAACGCUGCCAACGACUCGGCGAUGCCGCCCAGUUUGGCUCUUUUGGUCGUGUCCGAGAGCUGUUGAAGGACAUUUGGCAGAUAAACGACCACGCUGCCACCACCUCGGGAGACUUCAAGGGCAUCCGCUGGCGUGAUGCGAUACAGUCCAAGGGCUGGGACUUUCUCCUCAUCUAGGGAGGAGCGUCCUCUGACCUUGGCUGUUAUCCUGGCCUUGGAUGUCUCCCCUAUCACCCAACUACCCCACUGACACCACCCAGACAGACCUUCUGGGACCUUAUUACCAUUCUUUGUGCAAAGCAUAGCGACGGCGCCCAUAUUCCACUCACUCACUCACUUUAUCAUCCGGCAUGAUGAUGGUGAUGAUGAUGAUGACGACGAUAAUCUUUCUUGUUGAAAGAUAUGAGAUACCCCCCCAACGAUGCCCACAGCGCGUCGAACAACAUAACAUAGCAUCGAGGCCAUGAUCUAGUGCAGCUCUCUGGCCGAGCGAGAUUAAUUGCAUUAUAUAUAUAUUUAAAAAAAAAACAAAGAGGGAAAGCAAAGCCUCUGCCUUUAGGAUAGGUAUAGCAGAGCAGAUACGAAGGAAUUAAUUUCCACCAUCUCUGAG